GGACCAGACGUUCCAAUAUCACUCUGACUCAUUAGACCUCAUAGCAUCCACGAGAAGCAUAUAAUCUUCUGCAAGUAUUCCCGUACAGUCUUCAAGGGAAAUUCAUCCACCCCGAGCUACUGCUUCUCAUAACACAUACACAUCAUGGCAUACACACAUCAAGACUCCCCUUCCACCUCCCCUGAUCCAACCACACUUCCUCCCCUCUCUCUUCCCGAGGGCAUAACAUCUCGGUUCGUCGACACCAGUCCUCGUGGUUUGGUAUUUCACAUUCUCGAAUCUCUGCCCUCGACUCUCACCUCCUCUGCAGACACCAAACCACCACCUCUGAUCGUCCUGUGCCAUGGCUUUCCCGAGAUCGCGUAUUCCUGGCGCAAGAUCCUCCCUCUACUAUCGGCAAAGGGGUACCAUGCCGUGGCUUUUGACCAACGCGGAUUUGGUCGGACGUUCUCCCGCCAGCCUCUGGCCGCUACCUCGUUCAGUCCGACGACCCUGAUCAGGGACACCGUCACCCUCGUCAGCGCGCUAGGUUACACUCACGCCGCCGCCAUCGUAGGGCACGACUUUGGAGCCGUGACGGCGACGUACUGCGCGCUCGCUCGUCCAGACAUGUUUCGUCGUCUCGUAUUGAUGUCCCAUCCUUUCAAAGGUCCACCCUCUCUGCCAUUUGGCACGUCUCCAUCUUAUGGUCAGUCGACCACUACCACUACAUCAGCAGCAGCAGCAGCAGAAGCAGCAACACCGACCCAAGGAGGUGCCGGCGACGAAGCACAAGGUAACAACAGCAACGACAAAGACAUUCACACGUCCCUCUCUCAACUACCCCGUCCCCGCAAGCAUUACAAAUGGUACUACUGCACGCCGGCGUCCAACGACGAAAUGACCUACCCCACGGGUCCCGCCCUGCACGAAUUCCUCAGGGGUUACUUCCACCUCAAAUCCGCCGACUGGGACGGCAACUCCCCUCACGCCCUCGCGGGGUGGACGGCGCCCGCCCUGUCCCAGAUGCCGCGCUACUACAUCAUGGACCUGGCCGACACGAUGCGCGAGGCUGUGGCCCGGGACAUGGCGAGCGAAGAUCCCGGCACCGUGGCCAACAGGGCGGGACGGUGGCUCCCGGACCCCGAACUGGCGGUGUACGUGGGCGAAUGGGGCCGCACCACCUUCCAGGGUGGCCUGAACUGGUACCGCAUCCAGACGUCGCCCGAGAUAGCGGGUGAGAUGACUCUCUGGAGUGGCGCGAAACUCGCGGUCCCGACGGUGUUCGUCGGCGGCAAGAGUGACUGGGGGACGUACCAGGAACCGGGGGCCGUCGAGGCCAUGGAAACGAACAAGAGUGUCGAACCCGGAAUGUACAGGGGGACCGUCCUCGUGGACGGAGCCGGCCAUUGGGUCAACCAGGAACAGCCGGAGAGAUGUGUCGAGGAGAUUUUGAGGAUGAUUGAUUGA